GCUACCUUCUUUGCAAAUCAAACAUCACCUAAAUUAAAAAUAAAUAAAUAAAUAAAUAACCCUCUCUCUCCUUCUCCUACCUCUGCAAAUUAAUUACCAGGCUAUAUCUCAUCAAUCAUGCCGAUUCCUACCCCAGGUACAAGCGAGGAUUCACAGGACCAACCCUCGACGAACGCAUCGGCAAUCCAAUAUGCAGCCUCUCAAGGGCCCGUGGCUGCGUUAUACCCGGUCACCCUCAAGUUUGAGGAAGCAACGUACAAGGUGGGACAGAAGACCAUACUCAGGGGCAUAACCGGAAUGGCCGGCCCGGGGGAGAUGCUGGCGAUGCUCGGGCCCUCCGGCAGCGGCAAAACAACCCUCCUCACCGCCCUCAGCGGCAGACUGAGCGGGAAACUCUCCGGCAGGAUCACCUACAAUGGGCAGAAUUUCAACAGAGCCGUUAAAAGACGGAUGGGCUUCGUCGCUCAGGACGACGUGCUGUACCCGCACCUGACGGUGACGGAGACGCUCGUGUUUACGGCGCUUCUACGACUGCCGAGGACGCUGAGCAGAGCCGAGAAAGUGUUGCAAGUUCAGCAAGUGAUCACGGAGUUAGGACUCGGCCGUGUAGCGCACAGCAUGAUCGGCGGGCAGUUGUUUCGUGGCGUGUCCGGAGGCGAACGGAAACGAGUCAGCAUUGGGCAAGAGAUGUUAGUCAACCCAAGCCUGUUGUUGCUGGACGAGCCAACAUCAGGGCUAGACUCCACAACGGCGCAGAGAAUCGUGACGAUCCUGAAAAGGCUGGCAGAAAAGGGUGGGAGGACGGUGGUGACGACGAUACACCAGCCAUCGAGUAGACUGUACCAUCUGUUCGAUAAGGUGAUUCUUCUGUCGCAGGGGUCGCCAAUAUAUUACGGUCGAGCAUCAGCGGCGCUUGAGUAUUUCGGCUCUGUUGGGUUUGUGGCUCCUGUGAGCGUUAAUCCGGCCGAUCACAUGCUUGAUCUUGCCAACGGGAUUCCGCCAGAUUCAAACCCUGCAACCAUGGACCAGGUUGAUGGCAAGGCAUCAGAAGAGGAGCAGAGAUUGGUAAGAAAAGAGCUCCUCUCUGCAUACGACCGCGUCAUUGCCCCUGCUCUCGAAGCAGAGCUCCGCAGCACCGAGAGCAACAACUACAACGGGUGCAAGAGAGAUUCACCGAGCCACAAAAAAAACUUUGUGGCCGUAGGAGGGAAGAUGGAACGAUGGAAUACGAGCUGGUGGGAGCAGUUCAGGGUGUUGCUAAGUAGGAGUCUUAAGGAGAGGCGAUACGAGGCCUUCAACAAGCUCAGGAUCUUUCAAGUUAUAAGCGUUGCUGUUCUUGGGGGCUUGCUUUGGUGGCAUACAUCUCCAAACAACAUCCAAGACAGGAUUGCCCUCCUCUUCUUCUUCUCGGUCUUUUGGGGCUUCUUCCCCCUCUACAACGCUGUGUUCACCUUCCCCCAAGAACGGCGAAUGCUCAUCAAAGAACAAUCAUCCGCAAUGUACCGCCUAUCGUCCUACUUCCUCGCUCGCACUGCAGGCGACCUCCCCAUGGAGCUCGCCCUCCCAACCGCCUUUGUCAUCAUCAUCUACUGGAUGGGCGGUCUCAAACCUGAUCCGUUAACCUUCAUCCUCUCCCUCAUUGUCGUCCUCUUCAAUGUGCUUGUUUCUCAGAGCCUCGGGCUUGCAAUUGGCGCCAUUCUUAUGGAUGUCAAGCAGGCGACAACUCUUGCGUCGGUAACCACACUUGUCUUUCUUAUUGCUGGUGGAUACUACGUGCAGCAGAUACCUGUGUUCAUAGUUUGGUUGAAGUACCUUAGCUAUAGUUUUUAUUGCUAUAAGUUGCUGUUGGGAGUUCAGUUUGAGGAUGAUGAUGAGUAUGAGUGUUCGAGUGGAGUUAUGUGCAGGGUGGUGGACUAUCCGGCGAUUAAGUCUGUGGGCUUGAAACAUAUGUGGGUGGAUGUGUGCAUAAUGGCACUUAUGCUUAUUGGGUACAGACUCGUUGCUUUUAUGGCUCUCCACCGUCUGAAGCCGAGGUGAAAAACUGAGAGAAACUAGAACCGUCGAUGAGAUGACUGUGACAAAAGAAACAUAUAAUGGAUGUGUAACAUUAAUCAGAAAUAUCUCGGAAAUAAAAUGAACCAAACAAAAGAAACAGAAAUGAGUGGAAUGUUUCAGGUGAAGAAGUUCAGGUUCCAUUGCAAAGCUAUGAGGAGGAGAUUGUUACUGAAGCCUGGAUAGCUAAGAGAUGAUUUUGUUUCCUACGUAUGAAAGAAGGGCUACAAAAAUAAUCAUUCAGAAGAAGACAUUUAGAGAAGUAAGCAUGAAAAAUAUACAAGAAGAAAACGUAACAUGGCACAGUAAAAAUAUUCAGUAUGAGUUUCAUUAAAGGCCCUGAUAAUGCCAGAAAAAAAUGUACAUGCUUUUUGUGCAAUAUGCAAAUAACAGUUUGUUGGGUUUACAUAUAAAAAUAUAAAUGGAACCUGGCACAGUAAAGA